AGUCUCUUCUCAAAGGCUGUUUCACAGUGAAAAUAUGCUCAGUGCAGCCGAGUGCAUGAAUGAAAAAGCCUCUGGUACCUUCUAGUCUGGCAAAAUGCAGCACAAAACUCAACUUACUCUGUCCUUUCUGCUGUCCCAGGUUCUGCUGCUUGCAUGUGCUGAAGAUUUAGAAUGUGUCCCUGGAUUCCGGCAAAAGGCUUUUUAUAUUGAACAGCCAUUUGAAUUCACAGAGGACCAGCCAGUCCUGAACCUGGAAUUUGAUGACUGCAAGGGGAAUAACAAAUUGAACUUCGAAGUUUCUAACCCAGACUUUAAGGUGGAACGCGACGGGUCUUUAGUUGCGCUAAAGAAUAUAUCAGAAGCUGGCAGAGCCUUGUUUGUCCACGCGCGGUCUGAGCAUGCUGAGGAUAUGGCAGAAAUUUUGAUUGUUGGAGCAAAUGAAAAACAUGGUGCAUUAAAGGAAAUCUUUAAGAUAGAAGGCAACCUUGGAAUUCCACGACAAAAAAGGGCUAUUUUGGCAACUCCAAUAUUAAUUCCUGAAAAUCAAAGACCACCAUUCCCCAGAUCUGUUGGCAAGGUCAUCAGCAGUGAAGGGACAGAGGGAGCAAAGUUUCGACUCUCUGGUAAGGGAGUAGAUCAAGACCCAAAAGGAAUUUUUAGAAUCAAUGAGAUCAGUGGGGAUGUCUCCGUGACCCGAGCCCUUGAUAGAGAAGCAAUUGCCAAUUAUGAGCUUGAAGUUGAGGUCACAGAUAUAAGUGGGAAAACCAUCGAUGGUCCAGUCCGCCUAGAUAUUUCUGUUAUUGAUCAAAAUGACAACAGGCCAAUGUUCAAAGAAGGACCCUAUGUUGGUCAUGUCAUGGAGGGAUCCCCUACAGGAACGACUGUGAUGCGUAUGACAGCAUUUGAUGCUGAUGACUCUAGCACAGAUAAUGCUCUUCUGCGGUAUAACAUCCUCAAACAGACACCUAUGAAACCAUCUCCAAAUAUGUUCUAUAUUGACCCAGAAAAGGGAGAUAUUGUUACAGUGGUGUCACCUGUACUGUUGGAUCGUGAGACUAUGGAAACCCCGAAAUACGAGCUAGUUAUAGAAGCUAAGGAUAUGGGUGGUCUUGAUGUGGGACUAACUGGCACAGCAACUGCCACUAUUCUUAUUGAUGACAAAAAUGACCAUCCACCAGAAUUUACCAAGAAGGAGUUUCAAGCCACAGUAAAGGAGGGAGUCACAGGUGUAAUAGUAAACUUAACCGUUGGUGACCGAGAUGACCCAGCAACCGGAGCAUGGAGAGCUGUCUACACAAUUAUUAAUGGAAAUCCAGGGCAGAGUUUUGAAAUCCAUACCAAUCCCCAGACUAAUGAGGGAAUGCUCUCUGUUGUCAAACCUUUAGACUAUGAGAUUUCGGCAUUUCACACGUUGCUGAUCAAAGUAGAAAAUGAAGACCCACUAAUUCCAGACAUAGCCUAUGGCCCCAGUUCCACGGCAACAGUUCAGAUCACUGUUGAGGACGUGAAUGAAGGCCCAGUUUUCCACCCAAACCCAAUGACAGUGACAAAACAAGAAAACAUCCCUAUUGGCAGUGUUGUGUUAACGGUAAAUGCCACUGAUCCAGAUACUUUGCAACAUCAGACUAUCAGGUAUUCGGUUUACAAGGAUCCAGCAGGCUGGCUAGAAAUUAACCCUACCAAUGGUACCAUUGGCACCACUGCUAUCCUGGAUCGGGAAUCUCCUCAUGUUCAGAAUAACAUAUACACUGCUCUCUUUCUGGCAAUAGACAGUGGUAACCCUCCCGCUACAGGUACAGGAACUUUACACAUCACCUUGGAGGAUGUCAAUGACAAUGUCCCGUCCCUGUAUCCAACGCUGGCAAAAGUUUGUGACGAUGCAAAAGAUCUCAGGGUAGUGGUACUAGGAGCAUCAGACAAAGACCUUCAUCCCAACACAGAUCCAUUCAAAUUUGAACUGAGUAAGCAAUCUGGCCCAGAAAAAUUGUGGAGAAUCACCAAGCUUAACGAUACUCAUGCCCAGGUCAUCCUGCUUCAAAACCUGAAAAAGGCCAAUUACAACAUCCCAAUCUCAGUGACAGAUUCUGGAAAACCGCCUCUGACUAACAACACAGAACUGAAAUUACAAGUGUGUUCCUGCAAGAAAUCCAAAAUGGACUGCAGUGCAACUGAUGCCCUUCAUAUCAGCAUGACCCUUACCCUUCUUUCACUCUUCAGUUUAUUUUGUCUGUAAGAACUCCUGACAUUUGAAGCUGUCCUACCGAGUUGCCGUGGCAACGAGAAAAAAGAAAACAUCAGAUAUGAAGAUUGCAGUUUACAGUUACUGUUCCUCACUACUAGGCCUCAGUUGCUCCAGAUUCAGUUUAAUUUGCAACCUCACUUAAUCUGUCCGAUUAUACAUUGGUGUUUGACAGCCUCUACCCUAACCUCCGUUUAUUAAUGGAUUCCUCUUGCAAGACGCAAGGUUUAUGCGAAUUUUCUCUGAAUGUUAAAAGACCAUGACAUCUAAACUGGACCUUGGGGGAGCAGAAAACAGAUUGACUCCAUUUUUUUCUAUCUAUCUGUUGACUUGUUGCUAUUCAACUGUUCAGAAAAUAUUUUGUCUGUGGGUUAGUAUUUGUAUAUGUAUGAGUGUAUGUAUAUAUAUUUAUAUAGAGAGAAGAGUUAUAAGACAGGUUUAGCUUUUAUAAAAUAUUCAUCUGGAGUGUGCAAGGGACAAAGCAGAAUAAUACAGCCACAGAUGAAUUGUAACUAUUCUACCAUGGCUAAACCUACUGUAUUUGCUGUUUAUAGUGUGGCCAGAAGGAGAGAGCCUAUUGCAAUCAUACCACUACAACAGCCACUUUGUUGACACCAAAUAAAGCAGGCCCAGGGCUCCGCAGUGUCACUUUUGUACCUCAGGUUCAGCAAACAAGAAAUGCAAGUCCCCCUGGCUUGUUUCUGAUCUGAACUGCUUUCCUUAUGCCCCAGACGGAAUUUACGAUCCAGCAGGAGCACAGCGCUUUGCUCCCCAUUUCAGUGGGAGCAGCGCUGGGAGGUUCUGCAAAGCGCUGAUUUGUGAGAAAGCAGGAAGCAGCCAGCUGCGACCGGCACUGUAUGGGUAACGAUUUACAGCAAUGGGAGUGCUCGGCCUGAUUUUAAAGGGGCUAAAGUCAGCUUCGUUUAUGUUCCUGCAGAUAAUUUUUUGCUGGGGCAGUUUACAAAAUGUAAGUCAGUCUUUCAUCAGCUCUGCAGACGCGGUUAAGUAGGUAGAAGUCUGCAUACGAGAAGCUGGUUAGAACAGCAAAAGCAAAGUAUUUCUCAGAAGCUCUGGUCUCUCUCUCAGCCUCUAUGCAGCUGUCAUUACACAUGUAAGCGCAAGGAGGAAAACAGAUACCCUAUUCUAUAAAUAUAUUCACACACAUAUAUAUAGUUUUGAAUAUAUAUAUAUACAUACACACACACAUGUACACACAGUUUCCAGUUAAGAGUAACAAGAGCAUUUCUUUGUGUGUGUAAACUUACCACACUUGUUUGCAGACAUGGAAAAAAAGGGUGUUCCUUAUAUAUGAAUCUGAAUCCUUUUCUAUUCUGUGAGCAUGUAAGCUUAAAAAAACCCUUCUAACUGUAUCAAGAUGAUCAUCUUGUUAAUAAAUUGUAAAUGAUCCAUCAAAGCUCACACCAAAUUUUUAUAAAAUUAACACAAAAAGUAUACUAGUGACAGACUGUGGCUUUUAUUAGAGCUUGCCAGUAACUAGGGUAAGGUAAGUGUCUUAGAAUAUUUUAAUAAACUUGCUUAUUUAAAGUUUAAACAAGAAAGCUUCCUUAUGCAAUAGAACUUUGCAGCUGCAUUCCUUAGUUAGCAUUUUUACAGUACUUAUGAGUCAUACUGUAUGUUGUCUUUACUACAGUGAGAUUAUGAGCAUAUCUUCCACACCAUGUAUAUGUUUCAAUAGUAAAGCUUUUUGGAAGCAUUAAAAAGUCCAAACAUACAUUUAGUUUUCCAUAAUGCUACACUAGAUAUUAAAUGUGUGUUGGUGGUUAAAAAUUGCUGUACAAUAGCUUUUCUCUGACUUCCUGUAUUGUACCAAAUAUGAAACAGGUCUUUUGGGUUUUUUUUUAAUCAAAAGGAGUAAUAACAACAGCGACAGAGGAAAAAUUAGUUUGUGUUGUGAACUUUCCUAACAUUGUAGAUUUCUUGAUAAGAUACAAGCUGCCUUCAGACAGGAAUCUGUUUUUCUCUUCCAGCUUAACUCCUGCAGCCCUGACCAGGUAAAAUCUCCCGCUGACCUUGUUUCUCUUGCAGCACGCUCUAGGUAUUUCAAUUACCAAAGUGGUACUUUGAGGUUAGUGGCAGUUUCUGUUGAGCGAGGGCUUCAGGAGCGGGCUGUUAGGCAGCUGCAGGCAUUUAAGCAGGAAAGUGCCUGAUCUCAAACAUUAACAUGGGCCUGCUUCUAGUUCUCUUUCUCUGCCCAUGCCUUGUAAUAAUCAUAUGCUGCUGCUUUAUCAAUCAACAAUCAUGUAUUUUUAAAAAAAAAAUAUAUAUAGUUUUCAGGUGAAUUUUUCAAAAGGAAAAGAAAUCAACAAAUGCAUAACACCACUGGAUUUUCAACAUAUGUAUCUAAUGAAUGCAUCCAAAUGCACCCAAAGAUAAACUGCACCCUAUGCUUUGAUCUACAAAACCUCUAUCUUGAAUAAAAGAAAUUCUAAUAUCCUCACCCACAAGUACUCUUUUUCUACUUACUUUCUUCCUCUUUCUAUCCAGCAAAACCCACCUCUGGAAAGACACCCAUUGACAUUAAUGUCAUUUCUAUCAAGUACCAGAUAAAGCCACCCUUUUCUCAUUUAAACGAAGGCUCACAUAGCAGCUGGUGGAUCAUUUCAAGGGCAUCCAAAAUGAGCAACAAAGAAAAAAAUCGCUUCUGCGUGGAACUACGCUAACAACGGGAAGACUCUUUCUACCACUUUGUGCCCAAGGACAAGAGAUCUUUCUUCUUGGAUAAUACUGCAACCUUUUGACAUGUAGAGAGGUCAGUAUCAUGGCUGAAACUCUGAAUCAAGAUGCAUCAAAGCCUUCAUUCACCAUUAUCACUUUAUUUCUGCGCAUAGAUUAAAGCCUCCCAGCCUUCAUGUGUGUGUCUAGGCUUCAGACAGAGCUAAUCACUGGACUACCUAAGCAUGCAAAGAGAAGAUGAAGCCGCCAUGUUAAUGUUUCUCCCUCUCUGUACCUGAGAACAACCUCCAUUUAACAAGAGAUUGUGGCACUUUCUGUAGCAUUAUACAAGUGAGGAACCACAUUAGAAUCUGAGUUUUCCUACCUGAGUAAGAUUGUUGGCUCUGGCUCAAAAAGUGAUGCCCAUUUCCUGAAACAAAGGAGCAACAAUGAUUUAUUAGUUUUCCCACAAUAUCAUGAAAAAGUAGAGAAGUUACAAAAUUGGUUGUCAUCUUUUUGUAGUUAAUUAUGUUUAACAUUUGUUCAGCCAAUCUUGCUGUUUUUAUAGCAUAGCACUUAUUUCUACCUAGCUAUUUUGGUCACUACAAUGUUUAUUUCAGUCUAUGUUUGUAGACAUACAAUGCUGUCUGGCGUCAGAAAGGCACUGAACUUGUUGAUUUUCAUUUUGUAACAUGCAUAAAACUUCUUGUGCAAAAAUUAUUUCACUUGAAAAGAGUAUCUGCUGUUAAAACACAAAUUGGGUAUAGCAGUUAAUCAGUGAGAGGAGUUUAUUAGCAAGACAAAGGUCUCAUUUGGGGUGUGCUUGCUAAUGGAACCCUUGUCUGUACACCUCAUGUGUGUGCUUUUACAAUAUGCCUAUGUGCAUUUAUUAAUGUACAUUUUGUUCAGUAACUGUAGGUCUGAAGAUGAAAACAAAGGGAAAUGAGCUGAAUUUCCUACUGGGUAUCAAGGAAAAUUAGGUAGGAUUGGAACACUGGCUAAUACACUUUCUGAGCCCUGUUCUCAUCACAUUUACACUGGCGUAAAUCAAAAAGCAACCCCAUUACUAGAAUUGUUUAAGAUUCAGUUAAUCAUAUUUAGAUGAAUUUUUUCAUCUAAACCUCCCCACAUAUUGCUUUUACUGGUCUGCUGUGAACAGUAAAGCAGCAAUAUUUGUCACAGGAUCAUUGAGUGCUUAUGUAUUAUCAAAAGUCAGUCUUUUGUGACAUACAGAGAAACCUACAGCUUAGAUGCCUCCCACAGAUGACUCACUUCCUUCGCCGACCACUAUGAUGUGUCUCUAAGGCACCCAGCAUAAUUUAGUUUAGCCUUCAUUUGAAAUGGCUGUGGCCUGUAGUCAAAUAAUGCGUCCUGGUCUCUUGGGUAGUCAUUUAAGUUAGGGAUCGCUAUAAUAGAAACCUCAUUUAUUACAUUAUGGACUUACAAUCAGUUUGUAGGGCCCUACCUAAAUGUUUUAUCACUACAAAAAAGACAGGCAUAUGUUACAUUAACAACUUUUACAUCAUCCGUCUUUCCUUUGCGAAAAGACCUUCCUGCCUAAAAUACUGAGAAAGCUGCCAAUUUUCUUCUCAAUUGCUACUAAUACACUCAGCCACUUGAAACACAGCAGAAUUUUGUACGCAAAUAAUUUUACAUCGCUGUUUGUUUAAAGGCUAAGUUUCAUUCUGUAUGGAUUUAAUAAUGUCUUCUUUAAUUAAAAAAAAACAAACCACAAGAUAAAUUAUAUUAAAGUCACAGCAGCUUGAGAACACUAAGUCUAAGGCAAAACUUUGAUCCUAUCUUCCCUUUAUUGCAUCUCUAGAAACUCUGUUGUCUGAGAGAUACACUGUCCAAUGCUAACAAAAAGAUAAAAAACUAAAAUAGCAAUUAUUUUCUUUCAAUUAACUCUGUGAUCUAUAAUCUUUAGAAUUAACAUGCAAAGUACAUUAGUAAUUAUCAUUAUUACUAUUCUAUUUAAAGCAGGUAUAGCUGACUAUUUUACUAUGUAAAACACAUAACCCAUUGACUACACUGUUCUCUUGCCUCACAUCAAGAUAUGCUGGCUGAUUUAUAUUUGUCCAAAUAAAAUGGAUGAUACACUCAUACACUCUCAGUGGAAAGUUACUAGUUGCACAAUUGCUAUGUGUGUGUAUAUAUGUAGAUAUAUAGAGAUAUACACAUACAUAUAUAUAAAAAAUAUAUAUGCAGAUGGAGGGAGACUAAUACAACAUGGGGACUUGGAAAAAGCAGUUUAAUUAAUUCCAUGAAUUAUGGAUGAAUACACGAGUUAAGGGACAGCAUGGGUUAUGUACGCCAAACCAGUCUGAUUUAAAGAAAAGAAAGAAAAAAGGCAAAUAAAACCACACCCUAAAACCCAGGCUUAUCCCAACUCUCACGUAUUUAUGCUACCUUUAGCUGUCCCCUCUUAACACAGUUAUAUCAUUUGAAGAUAUGGAUAAUUGUUUACCAACUCAUUUUUAGUUGUCUACGUAUCAGCAGGUCACCAGUAGUGGAAAGGGAAGGGUUUAUAGCCAGAAUUCUGCAUUACUGUGCUUUCAGUGGGACACCUAUUUGGGAAAGCUUCACCCACCCCUUUGAACAUUGCACUCCUCCUCUGCAUCAGCAAACGACUGUAUUCGAUGACUUGGGCUUAAAAUGAAUGUAGUCUAAAGACAGACUGUGUGUAUGCAUGUGCAUACACACCCUGCCUGGGACUGUACAAUAAGAGCACGUCUGGUGGACUGUGAUGGUGAAUUCAGUACAAACAAGCUGUGGUGUUACUGCCAUUUCAGACAGAACCCUCCUGUGAAGUCAUAUUUGCCCCAUAACAAACUGUCUCUUUAAGUUACCACCAAGAUAUUUUUUUUUUAAUGAUUUUCUUUCUUUUUUUAAGGUUCAAGCAAGGAGGAAAAUAUUUUGUUUGAUUUUAAAAGAUACUUAAUUCAGCUACUUUUCCAGUGAAUUGUUCCUUUGGGCCCUAGUUGCUGAAUUGCUUGCUGUUUCUGAGGUGUAAAUAAACGUUUUGAUUUAUGACGUGGUUGCAAAGAAACUUGUAAUUUAUUUGUGAAAUGCUCAAAUAAAGGAUGUAUGGGCUUU